GCUGCAUAUAAAUAAACAGAUUUCUGCGGACGCCGCACAAUUUUAUCGGCGAAAAAAAGUCUUGACAAUUUUGAAGAACGUAGUUUGAAGAGAAAAAAAAGUGUUGUGUCGAUCAGUUUGAAAUGUUCGCUCCGCCUGGAAAGCCUCAUUUAUUAUAUUGUUUUUAGUUUUUUUUUAUCGUUGCUAGAAUUAAGUCGUUUCCAUGAAUCGGUCAAAUUUUCCCGUCAGACUCUCACCAGAUGAAAUUGAAGCCAAUCGCAAUAAUAUAUCGGCAUAUGUUGUUCUACCCAUUCCACCGCAUGCGGUACCAUUACAGUUUGAAACAAUAGGUCGGACAACAUUUAAGAAAUAUGUAGUGAAGGCAUACGAGAAUUUAUUCGCACAGGACGCAUUUCCGAUCCAGGAUUACUGGAACAUUCCGUUCGUUAUAGCGCGAGAGGCAAAGGUGCCGCACCUUGUUCAUACGCAAACUCAAAUAAAAAUUCCAGUUAAUCCUAAAGCUACGCCAAAAGCCAAACUUCUAACGCAGAACUUGGUUCCAAUUGAUACUCGAAAUCAGCCAAAACAACAACAACGACAACAACCGCAAACACAACCUCAAAAUCCGCCGCAAAGUCAGUCGGCUUCUACGAUGAAUCAAUCCGAUGAUUUCUCCAUUGACGCCGGCUAUUAUGCACCACCACAUCAUGAAGUAAAACGGUUCAAAAUGUCGACGACUGAUCUCGACAUUGUCAUAACAAACAACAACCCGAAGGAAUAUCACAAUUGCUCGAAUUUCGAUACAACAUUCGUACAAAGCGGGGACUUUUGGCAUAUGAUUGUGAUCCAUCAUGAGCGUAGGUACUCAAAGGCGCAGCUUCUUGAUAAACUUUUUGACGCGGUUUCUGACUCUGAAUUCUUUCCCGUUGCUUAUACGGAGGCAAAGUUAUCGGAUUACUUUUUGAUUCGUCUCUGUAGAACGGCGAUUGAAAAACUCUUUCAAAAUAAUCUGCGUCUAUCGUUUGGAACACAGCUUGUUUAUCUCACAAUUAAGUUUCAAGUUGCUCAAUUCAAACUCGGUCAAAUCUAUCCAUCGAAGAAGUACACAAAGGCAAUCAGCGAGUGUAUGCAACGAAUGAUUGUUUGCGAAGGUGUUCCAAAUGUUCUUGACUUGGAUCGCUUCGCAUCGCGGCCAGAAUUCAAGCAUAUCUGCGUCAAUUUGACCAACAAAAUGUCGUUACAGCUGUUGUUCACCACAUUGGACAAUGCUCAUACAAACAGCAAGAUCUUUGAUCAAAUCCAAGGCAUCCGUCUGACAAACAACAACAUUCGCACCCUAGAGCCAGCGUCAAAAAUGCCAAAAGUCUCGUUGAAUUUGCUGGAUUUGCGGGAUAAUAACAUUCGAACGGUGCAUGAAUUGGUUCAAUUGAAGCGUUUGAAAAUUCGUCACUUGUGUUUGGAUGGUAAUUCGGUAGCUGGAAAUAUCGGUUUCAAAAGAGAUAUGACGGAAAUGUUGCCUGACUUAGAGAAGCUUGAUGGCCAGGUUAUUCGUAAUACCAACCAAAGUACAGCCAAGUCGACAAGUAUCUUUGCGUCGCUUCAUGAUCAGCUUAUCAGCGCACCAAUCGAAGUGACAACCCCGAAGGAUGUGUUUAGCGCACAAGAUUUGUUGUUUGACGUUCGCAAAUUGGAUCCGUACAAGUCACCAGUCGUUCAAAGUUGGCAUCAAGUCGUCAUCCAUCACAAUGGGAAAGUUUCACAGGCCGAUAUCCUCGACGCGCUAUUCGAAGGAAUUGCUCCAAAUGAAAUGUACCCAUGCUAUUACAAAACGAACACCACGUUUGACACAUUUUAUGUGCGUGAAUGCUUUGAUGCCCUCGAAAUGCUGUUCGAUAAAAAGUUACGAUUGAAAACGGCAGCCGGCGAUAAUUUAACGAUAACUCUGCGAAUGAAAGUGAGCGAUAUCAAAGAUAAUCAUUUGGAUCCGACUAAGAAAAUCCAUACCAUUAUCAACUCUGGCUAUGAUAUCAUGAAUCAAUGUUUGAAUCUCGAUCGUUUCGAAGAAAAUGAUCUAUUCACCGAUGUUAUCUGUCGUAUUUCGGUGCCACGCACACUCAGCACCAUUCUCACAUACGCUGGCCGUAGAUACGCGGGUAACGUUGAAAAACUGAAUUUGGCGUACAAUGGUUUGAAGUCGACACGUGGCAUGCACUCCACCAUUUGGAUGAAAAGUUUGAAGGAGGUGGAUUUGAGCAACAAUAAAAUUGAAGAUGUCAAACAAAUUGAAUCAAUUCCAAAGGGGACGAUCACCGCUCUUUGGCUCGAAGGAAAUCCAUUCUGUUUGAAUUUCCCCAAUGCGAACAGUUACAUUGCAGCUAUCAAAGAAAUCCUACCGAAUUUGGAGAAACUGGACGGUCACGACAUUUCAAAAUCAACAAUCAUGACAAUCCGGCAAAAUUUCAUAUGCAAUUUGGAAGGCUACGAUCUUGCUGAACAGUUUGUUCAACACUAUUUCACGUGUUUCGAUGCACCAAAUCGAGUUCGACUUCUACGAGGAAUAUACCACAACAAUUCGAUUCUAACAAUGAGCAUCAAUUCAUUGGGUAUGCCCGACAGUUUGGCCAAGCGAAUGACACCAAUCAUUGAUAAAUGUAGAAACUUCAAGCGUGUUGUUGCAUGCAACCCAGGACAAAACCUUUUUCAAGGGCCGGAAAAGAUUGCGUCAUUGUUUGGCAUUUUUGGUCAAACGGAACAUGAUUUUCCAUCAUUCACCAUCGAUUUAAUGGGCUAUACGCCAACGAAAGCCAUUGUCACGGUGAAUGGCCUAUUCAAAGAGUUUGGCAACACAUUGAAUGAUGAAGAGGUGAUUCUGGGCUUUGCGCGCACUUUCAUCAUUAGCAAACAAGCAGAAGGAUUAGGAAUGUUUCAUGCAAGUGAAGAGUAUCAAAUUCUCAACGACAUUGUUCUAUACUAUCGGCCAUCGAUUGCACAACUGAACAACUCAUUCAAGAAUGCUCGAUCGAACGCUGCUGUUCCAGAUGAUCCAAGCGAUGUGACGGAGGAUGAAAAACUCGGCCUUGAAACCAUCUUCCACGAGUUGACUGGGCUUAAUUCCAUGUGGUGCAAAAAGAUCCUCACAGCUGCCAAUUGGAAUUUCCGUGAGAGUCUCGAAUCGUUCACUGAACUAUUACGUGAUCAACAGAUCCCACCCGAUGCGUUCAGCUAAAUAUUUACUCUACGGUAGAAAUUAGAAGCACUCUUAAUUAAUGAUAAACAAAAUAGGAAUUAGAGAUUAAAAUUUUAAGCCAACAAUCUUGUUCGAAUGCAAACAAAUCGAAUUUUAAGCAAAAUAGGUUAAAACCGACAUCUGUACUUCAAUUGCGCAACCAAUAUUUUAAGGAGUAAAAAUACCUGUUGAUUUAUUUCAAAACAAAUGAAUUGCACAUGCGCCACAUUUUUUCUCCAGGAACUAACGCAUUACUAGCUAUACAUUGGUUGCACACACAGUAAAAAAGUUGGAUUCUAGUGUAGUGAACAGACAAUUGUUCCCCAGCUAAAGCUAAUCUAUAGAGACUAACGAAAAAAAAAGAUUGUUUACUACAGAAGAGUGAUAGGGUAGUGUGAUUGAUUAUUGAUUAGAAUCAAGCUAUACCCAACCUCAUUUCACAAAAUGAAAAUUAAAUAGAAAUCUAAUUCAUUUAAAAAUA